AUGGGCGGAAACUUGCGCGGAUGGUUGCACUGCGGACGUUCGACCUGUAAGAAGCACAGACACGGCGGCGGAAAUGGCGGAAACGUGAAGGGUGGCACUGGGGGCGCUGGCGGAGGGGUGGGAGGCGGUGGCGGAAAGGGCGGUGGCGGAAUGGAUGGUGGCGGAACGGGUGGUGGCGGAAUGGGUGGCGGCGGAAUGGGUGGUGGCGGAAUGGGCGACGGAGGAAAAGGAGGCGGCGGAAGCAUGAUGGGCGGCGGCGAAAUAGGUGGCGGAGGAGACGGAGGGGGAAUGGGCGGAUUCAUGCCGUUUGCUCCUGGAUCAGAAGCUGGUAUGGGAGAUAUGGAUGAUGGCAUGGGUGCCCCUGCUCCCGGAUCAGAAGCUGGUAUGGGAGAUAUGGAUGAUGGCAUGGGUGCCCCUGCUCCCGGAUCAGAAGCUGGCAUGGGAGAUAUGGAUGAUGGCAUGGGUGCCCCUGCUCCCGGAUCAGAAGCAGGCAUGGGAGAUAUGGAUGAUGGCAUGGGUGCCCCUGCUCCCGGAUCAGAAGCAGGCAUGGGAGACAUGGAUGAUGGCAUGGGUGCCCCUGCUCCCGGAUCAGAAGCAGGCAUGGGAGAUAUGGAUGAUGGCAUGGGUGCCCCUGCUCCCGGAUCAGAAGCAGGCAUGGGAGACAUGGAUGAUGGCAUGGGUGCCCCUGCUCCCGGAUCAGAAGCAGGCAUGGGAGAUAUGGAUGAUGGCAUGGGUGCCCCUGCUCCCGGAUCAGAAGCAGGCAUGGGAGAUAUGGAUGAUGGCAUCGGUGCCCCUGCUCCCGGAUCAGGAGCAGGCAUGGGUGCUGGAGGGGGCAUGGGCGGCGGCGGAACGGGCGGCGGCGGAACGGGCGGCGGAGGAAUGGGUGGCGGUGGAAUGGGCAGCGGAACGGGCGGCGGAGGAACGGGCGGCAGUGGAACGGGCGGCAGAGGAACGGGUGGCGGUGGAAUGGGCAGCGGUGGAACGGGCGGCGGAGGAAUGGGUGGCAGUGGAAUGGGCGGCGAAGGAAUGGGCGGCGGAGGAACGGGCGGCGGAGGAACGGGCGGCAAAGGAACGGGCGGCGGAGGAACGGGCGGUGGUGGAACGGGUAUCGAUGGAACGGGUGGCGGUGGACUGGGUGGCGGAGGAGCGGGAACGGGCGGCAGUGGAAUGGGCGGUGAUGGAUUGGGCAGCGGUGGAACGGGCAGCGGAGGAACGGGCGGUGGUGGAACGAGCGGCACAGGAACGGGCGGCGGUGGAACGGGCAGCGGUGGAACGGGAGGCGGAACGGGCGGUGGUAGAACGAGCGGCGCAGGAACGGGCGGCGGUGGAAUGGCCGGCGGAGGAACGGGCAGCGGUGGGACAAGCGGCAGUGGAACGGGCGGAAUUGGAACAGGCGGCAGUGGAACGGGCGGCGGUGGAAUGGGCGGCGGUGGAACGGGCGGCGGUGGAACGGGCGGCGGAGGAACGGGCGGCGGAGGAACGGGCGGUGGUAGAAUGGGUAUCGAUGGAACGGGUGGCGGUGGACUGGGCGGCGGAGGAGCGGGAACGGGCGGCAGUGGAAUGGGCGGUGGUGGAUUGGGAAGCGGUGGAACGGGCAGCGGAGGAACGGGCGGUGGUGGAACGAGCGGCACAGGAACGGGCGGCGGUGGAAUGGGCGGCGGUGGAACGGGCAGCGGUGGAACGGGCGGCGGAACGGGCGGUGGUGGAACGAGCGGCGCAGGAACGGGCGGCGGUGGAAUGGCCGGCGGAGGAACGGGCAGCGGUGGGACAAGCGGCAGUGGAACGGGCGGAAUUGGAACAGGCGGCAGUGGAACGGGCGGCGGUGGAACGGGCGGCGGUGGAACGGGCGGUGGUGGAACGGGAGGCGGAGGAACGAGCAGUGGUGGAACGGGCGGAGGCGGUAUUAUAAGAGGUGGUAAGGGCGGAGCAGGGCACCUGACAAUUGGGGGAGGAGGGAGGGAGAAGGGAAAUGAGGAGGGUUCCGAGACUGGUGUUCCCACGCCCAGCUCCUCCCUCCCGUCACCGUCGCACUUCCCCGUGAAGGGUGGGUGGCCGAUGGCGGGGCGAAGGCAAACAAAUUUGCCUGAGGAGGAAGGUGGUGAGGGGAAAUAG